AGAAAAAUGUUCAAGGUGUUCCUAAUAUUUUGCCCUGCCUGUUCAUAAUCAUGUGACAAAAUAUUAGGAACGCCUCAGAGUGAAAAGAGACUAAAAUGACUCCCCCCCAAAAAAAGUGUCAAGUUUAUAUCGGACGUAAAUAAGCUGACAAGAUUGUAAAUGAGUCAAAAGAAGCUUCAUUGCUGCACAGGAACAUAAAUGGACUGUUUAAGACUACUUCAAGACUUCUUUAAGACUUUCUUAAGACUUCUUUGUGACAAAAGAUUUCAUUAAGACACUGGUUUAAAACUAGUUCAUCUUAAGACUUUUUUCAUCUUAAAAGAUAAAACUAAAAAUAACAAAGAUUUGUUCAAGACUUCCCUAAGACUUUGUUAAGACUUCUUUGUGACAAAAGAUUUAAACAAGACACUGGUCUAAAACUAGUUCGUCUUAAGACUUAUUUGAGACUUAUUUAAAAGAUAAAACUAAAAAGAACAAAGAUUUCAUCAAGACUUCCCUAAGACUUUGUUAAGACUUCUUUGUGACAAAAGAUUUAAAUAAGACACUGGUUUAAAACUAGUUCAUCUUAAGACUUAUUUGAGACUUAUUUAAAAGAUAAAACUAAAAAGAACAAAGAUUUGUUCAAGACUUCCCUAAGACUUCGUUAAGACUUCUUUGUGACAAAAGAUUUCAUUAAGACACUGGUUUAAAACUAGUUUGUCUUAAGACUUAUUUGAGACUUAUUUAAAAGAUAAAACUAAAAAGAACAAAGAUUUGAUCAAGACUUCCCGAAGACUUUGUUAAGACUUCUUUGUGACAAAAGAUUUCAUUAAGACACUGGUUUAAAACUAGUUUGUCUUAAGACUUAUUUGAGACUUAUUUAAAAGAUAAAACUAAAAAGAACAAAGAUUUGAUCAAGACUUCCCGAAGACUUUGUUAAGACUUCUUUGUGACAAAAGAUUUAAAUAAGACACUUGAGUACUUGAGUCUUGUUGAGGACUCGUUUAAGGCUAGCUGAUGACAUAAAACUUAUUUGUGACUUAUCUAAGACUUGUUUAUGACAUAGGACUUAUUCAAGACUUAAAACUUGUUUAAGACUUAUGACUAUUUUAUGCCUUGAGACUUAUUUCAGACCUUUUUAAGACUUGUUUAUAAUAUGACUUAUUCAAGACUUGUUCAAGACUUAUUUAAGACUUGUUAAAUACUUGUUUCGGUCAUAAAACUUAUUUGUCUUGGUUAGGACUAAUUUAAGACUAGUUCCUGACAUAAGACUUUUUCAAAACUUAAAUGCCUAUUUUACGACAUUAGAUUUAUUUAUGACUUAAGACUUAAUCGUGACUUAUCUAAGACUUGUUUAUGCCAUAGGACUUAUUCAAGACUUAAAACUUGUUUAAGACUUAUGACUAUUUUAUGCCUUGAGACUUAUUUCUGACCUUUUUAAGACUUGUUUGUAAUGUGACUUAUUCAAGACUUAUUUAAGACUUAUUUAAGACUUACUUAAGACUUGUUAAAAACUUGUUCAGGUCAUAAAACUUAGUCUUGGUUAGGACUAAUUUAAGACUAGUUCCUGACAUAAGACUUUUUCAAAACUUAAAUGACUAUUUUAUGACAUUAGACUUAAAUACUUAUGACUUAAUUGUGACUUAUCUAAGACUUGUUUAUGCCAUAGGACUUAUUCAAGACUUAAAACUUAUUCAAGACUUAUGACUGUACGACACCAUAAGACUUAUUUUAAACCUUUUUAAGACUUGUUCUUAUUCAUGACCUAAGAGGCAACUGAACUUAUUUCAUUCUCCUUUCUGAACAGGAAGUAGAAACAUGGUCUUCUCCGUGGGCGUGAUGUUUUGUGGUGUCUCUGAUGUUCUGAGUUCACUGUCGUCCAUUGAAGCCAUUGUUUUCCGUUUGUAAACGUAUCAACAUUUUUGGCGCUAUUUCUCGAACUGAGCGCCACAUUUAAGGACGUACUGUAUCUCAUGUUCAUACCGCUCAGAUGGUCUUGUUAGCCCAUCGCAGCACGCUUGGCCGGGAAAGAAAUCACUGGUGUCACCAUCAUAUAGCUUCUGUCCAAAAGAAAUAAAGUCUCUUUUCCACAUCUUAAAAUGUCUCCUAUGUUUCAUGAAGCCUCAGGCUUUUAAAUGCUGAAUUAGAAUUAAGAUUGCUUUGUUUUUUAAAGAACCAAUGAGCUAAUUUUGGCCACACCCCUUCCAUCCGUCAAAGACUUCAAAGUGUCUUUAUGGCUUUGUGACUUUUGCUCUUUGCUCUUUCAAGCGAUGCUGCAAGUUAGCAGUGCUGCUAGUUGAGCUAGCGCCGCUUUAGCAUCAGUCAGCCUGAGACGUCACCUGCUGGGGCACCUAGCCAGCUAGCUUAGCAUGGAGCAGGUGACGUUGACCAAAGGCAACAUGCAUCAUGACGGCAGCUGCGUGAUGCCUCCAGCCAUGCUGAGCAUGGACACGAGCGUCCUGAGCGGCCAGCAGGACGUUGGCGGUGAGAAGACGCUGAGGAGCGGAAGCGAGAUGGAGCACGUGCUCCGAGAGGAACUCAUCGCACACCGCGUGGCUCUGACCAAUGCUCAGCGAGAGGUGGAUGAGGUGCGCUCCUUCUGGACAGAGGAGUUUGGCGCCUUCAAGAAGGUCCAAGACGCCGCCGUGGAGGAGACGCUGAGAGCCACCAACGAGGAGUGGAGGCGUCUGUGGGCCGAGCGGGAAGACGAGGUGUCCGCCGACUUGUUGUCCCUCAGGGAGAGCAUGCAGAGACACGUGGAGGAACACUGGGACAACAUGGAGUGGCACCUUCACCACACGCUAUGCUUCUUCGACAGGCAGCUGAGCGACAUGAAGCAGGAGCUCCAGGAGAAGGAGGAGCAGGCGACCAAGCUGAAGGAGGUCGUCGGCUGUCUCAAGUCCCGUUUGAAAAAGAAGACGGCGGAGACAAGCAAGCUGACGGAGGUCGUCGGCUGUCUCCUGCCACGCCUGCAGGACAAGAAGGAGCAGGAGUCCAAACUUAAGGAGAUGGUCUCCUUGCUCUCUGCAGAGAUGGAGGAGAUGUCCUUAGCGCUGGGCCAACAUCAGCAGGAGAGCCAGGACUGCCACAGAAAGCUAAAGGAGAUGCAGGAGCAGCUGAAGGCUGAGCGGGCGGCCAAGAAGGAGGUGCUGGGCCGCCAGGCGCGGCUCCACAAACAGCUGGGCCACUUGAAGAACCUCCUGAACGUCUUCGUGGUCCAAAACCAGACCUUUCUGAAAUCACUGAGGAGCAAUGAAGCCAGCGACGGCGCUGAGAAGAAAGGACAGGAGGAGCAGAAUGACGGCAGGAGGAGGAACGACCGGGACGUAGGUGUUCAGGGGAAGAAAGAGAAGAAGGAGCGUGCAGCCAAGGAGAAAAAGGAAAAGAAAGAACUCAAGGAGCAGGAAAAGAAAGCCAAGAAGGAAAAGAAGGAACGUGAAGAGAAAGAAAAAAGAGAGAAGAAGGAGCGUGAGAAGAAGAAGAAGAAAGAAAGGAAGGAGAAGAAAGACCUCUAUAGUCCUGAACAGACCUGAAGUUGUUUUUCUACAAUAGCUACAAAUGUUUUCUGUUUCAUAUUCAUCCUGAGAAAUAAAGCCAGGAGAGAAGCAAAGUUGACCCUAAGCCUAAGCCUAACCCUAAGCCUAAGCCUAACCCUAAACCUAAACCUAACCCUAAG